AUGAAAAUUACACUUGAAAAUGAAAUAAGGUUAAAAAAUAUGCUUAGACAAAAAGAUAAAGAACAAGAAUCUUUGAUUCUUACAGAAGAAAUAGAAUCUAAAGAAAAAAAGAUGCUUUCACAUAUUUCAAAAGAUUACUUAAAUAUUAUUGAAAGAUGUAAUGAUUUAAAAAAUGUAAAAAAUAAAAUACCUUUAAUAAUUGACACUAACGAUGAGAUAAUAUUGAAAUACAGAGAAAUAUCUUUACAGAUAUUAGAAAUUGAGAAAGAAAUAAAAGACCAUAAAAAUCUUAAUAGUCUAAUCUGUAAAUUAUUAGAUGAAUUGUGUUUACUAAGAUCAUUUUAUGAAUUAAUUUGUGAAAAUUUAACAAAUUUGGAUAAAUUGUAUUUUUAUAAAUUAGCAAAAAAUGCAAAACAAAUAAAAUUACUUCUAGAACAUUUUAAAGAUUACAGAUCUUAUGAAAAUCUUAAUGAGAUUGCAACAAAUUACUUAAAAAAAGUAGAAUUAGAAACUUUUAAAUUUAUAACUGAAUACAAAAAUCAAGUAACACAAAAUUUUAGUACGUUAGGAAAAAAAAUUUGUGAAAUUGUCAAUAACAUGUCAAAAGGAAAACAUAGAAUAAUUUUUAAUGACUUAUUUGCACUACGAAAUGCUUUUAUUACACCAAAAUUUUUAGAUAUUAUUUACAUAAGAAGACAAUUAGAUUCUAUUGAUGAGUUCAUUGAUACUUUUAAUUUAGAAAGAAAAUCUUUAAUUUUAAGAAUUAAAAAAGAUGAUCAAUUUAUGUACUGCAUGAUUUCAGAAAUUGUAAAUAGUUAUUUUCUUGUUAUUUUUAAUAAAAACUUUUUUGAUUAUUACGAUAUUAUACUAGAAAAUAUUAAUGAUUAUUUUAUGAAUAAUGUAAGAGAUAUAUUUAAGUACAAAGAUAUAUUAGUUUAUAUUAAAAUGCUUAUGGAAAUUUUAAACAUAGACAGUGAAAAAUUUAAUGAGACUAUUGGAAGAAUUGCUAUAGAAUAUUUUAGUAAAUCGAAUUUAAAUGAUAAUUUAAAUAAUAGAUUGAUGUUUAGAAAAGAAAUUGAAAAAUUUAUUGACGAAAGUUGUACAUUUAUAGCCAAGUUUAAUAAUAAUGAAGUGGAUGAGAUAUUUAUUAAUAGAUUAGAUUUAUACCUAAAAGACUACAUUAUGUCUUCUACUGCAGAAACUGUUUUAGAAGAUGAAGUUAUCUUAAAAAAUGUACAUGAAAAAAUUAGCAAAAAAUUCCCUGAUAUUAAUUUAAGGUCGGAAAACAUUAUAAAUGAAAAAAUUGAAAGUCUAAAGUUUGAGAUUGUAAAACAAAAAAUGACUGAAAUAGAUUUGAUUUUUAAAAAUUCUAAAAAUUUUAAUAUAGAAUUACAAAAUUAUGUUACAAGUCAUAAACAAUUAUUGAACGAAUUAUAUGGAAUAAUAAAAAUUAAGUUUAUUGAACUUAUUAAUGAUAAUAAAGAUGCACCUAUUAAUAUUAAAAGAGAGUUGGCUGGUAAAACUACAUGUUGGUAUAAAUAUCUUUUAUCAGUAAGUAAACAUUUAUCAGAAGAUUUUAAAAAUGUAAACGAAGAAGCUAACAAAUUUUAA